AUCUUCUAAGAUUAUUUUAGAUCCUGGCACUAGAUCCCGAUCAGUAAUUAUCUUAUCAAAGUCAACAUGGCCUCGUCAUCUGUCUCCCUUAAGGCCUCGGCCUUUUCAUUCGUUGUUCUGUCGGUCGGACACACGCUCGGAGGGACCCAAUGGACCGCCGAACCAGCCUAUCGCACCAUCGCUGGCACCAAGCCCUGGGCUCUCGGCAUCGUCGGCUGGUUCCAGGGAAGCGCCUUUCUCUUCACAACCGGCAUCCUCCAUUACCAAUGGGCCCGCAACCCCCGAGCCCUCCAGGAACCUACUAACAAGGCCAUCGCUAUCAUUCUCAAUGCGGCGCUGUGGGCUAGCUCGGCAUGGUAUUUCAAGCAUGGUAUCAAUGAGAAUGGAUGGGCUGUCGGGGCUGCGGCUGCGUGGCAGGCUUGGUCGGUUGUGAGGGCUUGGUUAAAGUAUUAGAUUUUGGGUUAGAUGAUAUAUAAUAUAUGGG